CGUUCUAUUUAUGGUCUUGAACUUCUAUAUUCGACACAGUUUGACUCAAUCAGCGCUGGAAGAUAUGUUAAAGCUUCUCAAUGUGAUUGCCGGAGUUAAAACCUUUCCUGAGACUUUUUCAUCAUUUUCCGCCCUUUUUCAAAUGGACUCGUACAAAUCGUAUCGCGUUUAUUUCUGUACAAAUUGUCAAUUUGAUUAUGGAACGACCGCACCAGAUUCAUGCACGAAUUGUCAGAUUUGUGGCUGCACUGAGAAGGAUUUCUUCAUAAUAAUUCCGAUUGAAAAACAAAUCUGUGAGCUUGUUCGUAGGCAUAAAGUUAAAAUUGAAAAACAUGCAAAAACUUUAGAUGAACAACGUAUAGCAGAUAUCAAUUGCGGUAGAUAUGCUAGAGAAAAAAAUGUUGGAGAUUCACGGACAAUGCUUACUUUGAGUGCUAACACCGACGGAGCAGCUACUUAUAAAUGUACGACACAGAAACCUCUAUACCCCGUAUUUCUAACGCUCAACAAUCUUCCUCCCGUUGAACGUUUUUCGAAACACAACCUAAUCAUCAACGCUCUUUGGCUUUCUAAAGGAGAACCAAACACUAAUCUGCUUUUUAAAUAUUUAUGCAUUGAGCUGAACCAUUUGGACAACACAGGUGUCAUCAUAGACAAUAACGCGUACUCCAUCAAGCUGUUACAAGUAAAUCUUGAUUCGGUUGCUAGAUGCAAGGUGCAAAAUAUGAAGCAAUUCAACGGAAAUUAUGGUUGCACAUACUGCCUUCAUCCCGGGGAUGUAAAGGACUCGGGAAUAUGUAAAUGCUAUCCGAACCGAAAGGUUGCUAUGCGAGAAAACAUAGCUACAAGGAAACAAAUGGAUGAGGUAUUUAAAGAUGGAAAUGAAAGGUUUGGUAUCAUGGGAAAGUCUGUGUUCGUAUCACUGUGCGGAUUUGACAUAAUAAGAUCUUUUCCACCCGACUACAUGCACGCAAUUCUACUUGGUGUAAUGAAACAAAUGUGGACCAUGUGGACAGAAAGUGAAUACCACAAGCAACCAUUCUACAUUGGAAAUAAGAUAGACGAAGUUGAGAAAAGAAUGUUAUCUUUUCGUCCACCAUCAUCGUUUUCUAGAUAUCCCCGAAAGUUAAAGGAGUAUAAGAAAUAUAAGGCUAAUGAGUGGGAGUCUUUAUUAUUGCACUACAUCUAUCCUGCUCUUAUUGGUAUAUUACCACAAGCCUAUCUUGAUCAUGCGAUGCUUCUUUCGUCAUCAAUUUUUAAUCUACUGAGCCCAAAACUUGAUGAAUCAGUAAUCAACUCUUGCGACAAACAGUUGAGACAGUUCAUAACAUCAUUUCAGAAACUCUAUGGAAAAGAAAGUAUGACCUAUAAUGUGCAUCUAGUAGGACACUUCAUUCAAUCAGUUAGAGAUUUUGGAGCUCUGUACAAUUUUUCGCUUUUUCCUUACGAAUCAGGAAACGCUUUGUUGCUGGGAUUUCGAACUGGAAACAACAAACCGAUUCUUCAAAUUGAGAGGAAAUACUAUUUCAAUAGAAUGUGCCAGUACAUCGAACUUCCAUCCAGCUCGCCUAUCCAUUGUUGGGUGAAAACAAUAUGGACUAGAGAGCAUGCACCGCUUCAGUACGACCCAAAAUCAUUGUAUGUCUUAAGCGAUGAAGUUGUUUACAAUGAUGACGUAGAUGAAAGAAUGUUUAGCAUACACAGCCGAUUUCAUAUGAAUGGUUUAGCCUUUUGCACAAAAGAGACCUGUUCAAAUUUCAAUUAUGAUGAUUCGUGGAUUGAUGUCAAUGGACAAUUUUAUAGCAUCAGGAACAUAUUGUGUGAUAAAAAUAAUGUAAUAUAUAUUGUCGGAAAACAAGCAAUUGCUAGAAAAAUUCAUGAUAAUUUAAUACUUGAAAGUUUGAUUAUAGAUGCUGAUGUUAUUCACCUCGUCAUCGUUCCCGAAGGAAACGAAUCGGAUGUCGAGAAUUUAGAUCUGAGUGACGAGGAGAAUGAAGUAGAUCAGCUAAAUCCUCUCCCACUUCCGUUGCCGGAUAAUAUCGAAGUGUUUGAUUACACGUCUGACGGGGAUGAAGCAGAGACGGUACUUGUCGAGACGCAACCUUGUUUUCAGCAGAAGGUUGUAGGAACUCGGGUCAAAGGUCGUAAGGAAAAAAAUAAUCGCCAACCAGGAAAACGUCAACAAAAACAGUUGAUUCCUGCAUGGUGCGAAGGUGAUCAUACGUCUGUGAAUCCUCCGAGCUGUGAGAGCAAUUAUCCUGCCCCUCCUAAUAAACCUAUGACCCCGUAUCAAUAUUUUUCGAUGUUCCUGGAUAAAAGUAUUAUAGACAACAUUGCUCACGAGACAAACAAAUACGCGCAACAGAAAUCAGGCGAGGAUAAAGCGAUCACUUCAGGAGAAAUAGAGCAGUACUUGGGAAUGCUGCUAAUGAUCGGAAUUGUAAAAGUUCCAUCUUUCCGAAUGUAUUGGGCUGCUGAUACUAGAUACGCUCCUAUCGCCCAUGUUAUGUGUCGCAAUCGUUUCGAAGAAAUAAAGCGAUUUCUUCAUCUCAAUGAUAUUUGA